UCCGCCGCCGCCGCCGUCGCCGUCGCCCACACCCCUGGUCCUGGCCGACGUCGCCGCGGACGCUGACCCGGCGGCCGAACUCCUGCCGGGUCUCUCUGUUGUCCGCCGUCCCGGCCUAACGGAAUUCGGCAGGAAGGUGGUGCGCGAGAUGAACCGUCUGGGCAUGAUGGUGGACCUGUCGCACGCGAGCGUCGCCACCAUGAAGGACGCGCUGGAAGCGAGCCAGGCGCCCGUCAUCUUCUCACACUCCGCCGUCUACGCGCUCUGCAACAGCUCCAGCAACGUGCCCGACGACGUACUGAGGUCCUUGGCGAUGAACGGCGGAGUGGUGAUGCUGAGCCUGUACCCGUAUUUCAUCACCUGCAGCGCGGCCGCCAACAUCACUGACGUCAUAGCGCACAUCAACCACGUGCGUGACGUCGCUGGGGUGGACCACGUGGGCCUUGGUGCUGGUUUUGACGGCAUCAGCCACACAACGACGGGACUGGAGGACGUGUCGAGGUACCCGCAGCUGCUGGCCGCACUGCUGGAAGACCCGUCCUGGAGUGAGGAUGACGUCAAGAGGCUGGCAGGGCUCAACCUGCUCAGGGUCUUCCGCCAGGUCGAGCAGGUACGAGAUAAAUGGCGGUUGGCAGCCGUGACGCCGGGAGAGGAUUUCAUCGCGAGUGCCAACCUGGAGGGCGCGGCCGGCAACUGCACUUACGUGGGCUCCUGACCACGGGGCACUGCGAUACUUCCCCGGCCGGCAGGAACACGCCCAUCCGACGGCUUCCGCUCUGCUCUUCUUCUCGUCGAGCUGUGGUUACGGCGUGGGACUCUGCUAGCUUCCAAUAAGUACAAAACUUGAUGAAAGGAGAUGUGUAAAAGAUGGCCA